GGUUCCCCACUGGUGUAUAUCAAUGGCUCAUAGAAAUGGUUAUGCUCGAGACACAGUGAUUGAUAUAGGGAACAAGCCUGUGAAUUUCACUGAAGGGCUUCAGUAUGUUGAUCUUACCUAUACCGUGACAAAGAAGAAGGAGGUAGAAGGGAAGUGGUUGAGCCAAGAGGUGGACCUGUUGAACAAGAUUACUGGCUAUGCACCCAAAGGCUUCAUCACCGCGGUCAUGGGGCCGAGUGGUGCGGGCAAAUCCACUUUGCUGGAUGCUUUGGCCGGUCGUAUUGCUAGUGGAAGCCUUAAGGGUAGGGUGUCCUUGGAUGGAAUGGCAAUGAGUCCGAGUUUGAUUAAAAGGACUUCAGCUUAUAUAAUGCAAGACGAUAGGUUGUUUCCGAUGCUUACUGUUUAUGAGACGCUGAUGUUUGCCGCCGAUUUCCGGCUCGGGCCGAUCUCGAGGAGCGAGAAGAGACAGCGUGUCGAGAAGUUGAUUGAUCAGCUUGGACUGACAUCCUCCUGGAACACUUAUAUAGGUGAUGCUGGGACUAGAGGAGUCUCGGGUGGAGAGCGCCGCAGGGUUUCAAUCGGUGUUGACAUAAUUCAUGGACCAUCCUUGCUCUUCCUAGAUGAGCCAACUUCAGGUCUAGACUCCACUAGUGCUUACAGUGUCAUCGAGAAGGUUCGGGACAUUGCAAGAUCCGGUAGUACAGUGAUCCUUACGAUUCAUCAGCCUUCAUCUAGAAUCCAGCUGCUCCUAGAUCAUAUGAUUGUUCUUGCUCGUGGCCAGCUCAUGUAUCAAGGAUCACCACAAGAUGUCACUCUGCAUCUUAGUCGGAUGGGGAGAAAGGUUCCCAAGGGUGAAAGUCCAAUAGAGUUCCUUAUUGAUGUGAUUCAAGAAUAUGAUCAAUCUGAAUUCGGAGUCGAGGUGGUUGCUGAAUUCACGAGAACUGGACGAAAACCACCGCAACUGACAGAAGAACAAAUCUCUGUUUCAACCGCUGCCCCAACACCACCCCCAGCUAACCUUGGCCGCCGGCAUCAGAAUGAAGGGAGAGGUUACCAAGCGAAAGAUAACUGGCGCCUUGCGUUGCAAGCAAGAGAAGAUUCGACAACCGAUUUGGAUGAUCAUAGUUUGAGAAGCCCUUACAAUAAUACAUCAAGGUCAUGGAGUACUAACCACAUUGGAGUGGUGCAGCAACUCAUCUUCACCCCAACAAGGCAACGUACCGAUAAAAAAGCUCCGAACCCAAUGAGUUCAUCCCCUGGAUAUUACACAUACUCGAGCGAUAUUCUUCCAGGAACGCCAACGCCUCACAGCAGCGACUAUACCGUGAAUGAAAACGAUUACCUAACUCCUGAUGUUGCUCCAAAGACCUUAGUUCAUCCCUUGAGUCCCAAAUUCUCAAAUUCCUUCUUCCCCGAGAUUUGGAUUCUCAUGCGACGUAACUUCAAGAACAUUAGGCGUACGCCCGAGCUUUUUCUUUCAAGACUUGUCGUACUAACCGUCAUGGGCAUUAUGAUGGCUACGAUGUUCAUGAAUCCCAAAGUCAGCAUGCAAGGCAUCACCAAUCGCCUUAGCUUCGUUAUCUUCACCGUCUGCCUCUUCUUCUUUUCUUCCAACGAUGCCGUCCCAGCUUUCAUCCAAGAGCGCUUCAUUUUUGUUCGAGAAACUUCCCAUAAUGCCUAUAGAGCCUCUGCUUACACCAUAGCUGGCCUCAUCACUUACCUUCCUUUCCUUGCACUGCAAGCCGGUGUCUAUGCUUGUAUUGUUUGGAAAGCCUUGGAGCUUAGGGGACCAUUCUACUAUUUCUUUGUCGUCCUUUACGUCUCCCUUCUUUCCACCAACUCGUUUGUGAUGUUUGUGAGCUCGGUGGUGCCAAAUUAUAUCUUAGGGUACGCGAUGGUGAUCGCUUUCACCGCUCUCUUCUUCUUGUUCUGCGGCUACUUCAUGAACAGCCACGACAUUCCGUUGUACUGGAAAUGGAUGAACAAGAUCUCCACCAUGACAUAUCCAUAUGAAGGCAUCUUGAUGAACGAGUAUCAAACCCCGAAUGUUUUCGGGUACGAUCCAGCCAUGAGACCCGUGACAGGAUUCGGGAUCUUGAGUUCACUCAAAAUCAGUACCGAAGAAUUCAAGAAGUGGGAAAAUGUUCUCAUAAUGUUAGGUUGGGCUGUGUUUUAUAGGCUGUGUUUCUAUAUAGUCAUCCGUUUCGGAUCAAAGAACAAGAGAACAUAGGAAAAUCAAGAGGAGAAGGAUGA